CAUUUUGCAUGAUGUUUAACGCUCUAGCGGUAACGAAUGUGCUUUUACUAAGUGUCGAAUUCGUCAGCAUCAUCACGGCAAUCAAUGGAAAACAAAACAGUUGUUGGGUAAAUGUAGAAAAAUCUUAAUCUGUAGAUUCGCUUUCAAUGUCUUUAAAAGUUAUUUGAUUUAGGUGGAAGAAAAGACAAAAAAAAGUUUAACCGGUGAGUUUGAAAGAAAACGACUUUUUAAAACGAGUUUUUUGUUAGGCAGUGUUUAAAUCGCCACUUAAUAGUUACCUGCCUUCUCCGGUGCUUACUGUCGAAACUGCUGCUCCGAAAAGUCAAGCUGUCGUUUUCCAAGCGGAGGUUUGAGAAGCUGAUGUGUUUCUGGCGAGAGACGUAUCGCUUCUUUAAGACACAAGGCGGAGGGUGGAAAACAGAAAAGGAGCCGAAACUAUCGGAGAGAAAGAUGUCACCCGAAACAAGCUUCUCGACCGAGUCUUAGAAAGGGGAAUGGGACCGUCCUGGCUAAACAAUGCUAGUUGGGGGCACGACUUGGGCGAUUUGAAAAAUAAUCGUUGACGGAGGUUUUCCUGCUAACAAAAGACGUAAAUAAAACACGAGCGAGAGGAAUAUGGGGAGGUAGGCGCCCGUCGAGGAGAGAAGUUUGUUUUCUUGUGGAAACGAGUGAAUACAGGCGAGAGGGCGAUGUGAAGAGCAGCGGAGUCAACAUGAUCCCCACUUGAUGCAGCCGGAGUCAUCAGCCGCGGGCUGUCCGAGCGAGAGCGGCGACGUGUUCGUCUACCCCGAGAGACGUAGACGCAGCUGUAUUUCAAACCGUGUCCAAGUGUAAAGAUUCACAGAAGCCCAUCCAUAUUUAAGCAUUUCAUUAGAGAACAUAAACGACUGUUCUUGGAUAAAGAGUUAAUAUAUAGCUGAAUGUUUAGGUGCUGCAGGCUGUGUUUAAAACUAUAUAAAUAUUAUGAUUACUGUUGGGCAAGACAGGGGCAGAACGUCAGCAGGACCUGAGAUUACUUCACAAGUUUGAACUACUGAUUCAUCGCGGUGAUUAAAUACUCCCGCCAUAGUGCAUCUGUUGCAGGAAAAAUCCAGGAAAAAAGAAAGGCGACUAGUCGGAUACUCAAACACUAGAACAAGCCACUACCUUUGGCCGGACAGCGAGGUGCAGUUGGUCUGCAGGUGGUUCCUGUCAUGUGUUUGUAGUUUACAAACAAAACAACCGAUCUUAGUGUGGGCUUCACCUAACCGGGAGUGUUUACACCCUUUUUAAAGAUACUGUUUAUUCAAAUCCUGUAAACGCUGGGGUAGGUGUUUUGCAGUUUUCGUCCGUUCUAGCUUGGUAGAAAUGAGAAAAUGAACAGCGAGGCGCAGGAUCUAGAGUUGAGCAAUGGGAAAGCGAAGAAAUCCGCUGGCGAGCAGGCAGACUGCGCAGAAAUCAUCCCCCGACUCAGCCUGCGGGAGGUGGACACAGCCGGGCGAGUGGUAGAGGGGGAGACCGCACUGGAGGUGGUGGAUGGGGGGGGCGAAGAAGAGGUAAACGGGGACGACAGAAAUGGGGUUCAGGUACCCCAGACGGCCGGGACUGAUCUGGAUUACGGCCCAGCAGACGAGCUUGUAGCGGCCCAAGGGCUUGGUGCCACUGGGGAUGAUGCACAAGCUGGCGUGGAUUUGGCAUUGGAGGACGGGCAGUGGCCAGAACCGGGCCCUGUGCAGCCCGAAGGGGGCCCGGGAGACAGGGACAUUGUGUCCACUGAUCCAGAUGUGGCUUCGGAGUGCCCAGCGAGCCUAGGGACCCCACCCUCGACACCGGGGGCUGCUGAGUGCGCGCCCCUUCAGGUGGGGGCCGGUGUGCCCCCCUCACCGCCGGAUGAGCACGAGAAGCUGAAACACGGGGUGAAAAGGGUGACUUUCCCCUCAGAUGAGGACAUCGUAUCCGGAGCUGUGGAGCCCAAGGACCCCUGGAGGCAUGCUCAGAACGUGACGGUGGAAGAGAUCCUUGCAGCAUACCGCCAGGCCUGUCAGAAGCUGAACUGCAAGCCCAUACCGAAAGUGCUGAAACAGAUACAGGAAUUUAAAGACUUGGCCCAGCGGAUAGACUGUUUGGAGCUCAAAGGUGAGAAGCUGGAUUACAAGGCUUGUGAGGCUCUGGAGGAGGUCUUCAAACGAGUUCAGUUUAAAGUGGUGGAUUUGGAGCAAACGAACCUGGAUGAAGAUGGAGCCUCGGCCCUGUUCGACAUGAUCGAGUACUACGAGUCGGCGACGCACCUCAACAUCUCCUUCAACAAGCACAUUGGCACCCGGGGCUGGCAGGCGGCCGCACACAUGAUGAGGAAGACAAGCUGCCUGCAGUACCUGAACGCCAGGAACACCCCCCUGCUGGACCACUCUGCCCCCUUCGUGGCACGAGCCCUGCGCAUCAGCAGCAGCCUGGCCGUCCUGCACCUGGAGAACGCCAGCCUGUCCGGACGGCCGCUCAUGCUGCUGGCCACGGCCCUGAAGAUGAACAUGAACCUGCGGGAGCUGUACCUGGCAGACAACAAGCUGAACGGCCUGCAGGACUCAGCCCAGCUGGGCAACCUGCUCAAGUUCAACUACUACAUCCAGAUCCUGGACCUGCGUAACAACCACAUCAUGGACUCGGGGCUUUCGUACCUGUGCGAGGGGCUGAAGGAGCAGCGGAAGGGCCUGGUCACCCUGGUGCUCUGGAACAACCAGCUCACCCACAACGGCAUGACCUACCUGGCAUCUGCGCUGCCCUACACUCAGACCCUGGAGACGCUCAACCUGGGGCACAACUCUGUGGGGAACGAAGGGGUUCACAAGCUGAAAGACGGGCUGAUCGCGAACCGCUCCGUCCUGCGGCUCGGACUGGCCAAUACCAAGCUCUCCUGCGAAGGUGCUGUGGCCGUGGCGGAGUUCAUCGCGGAGAGCCCCCGCCUGCUGCGCCUGGACCUCCGGGAGAACGAGAUCAAGACGGGCGGCCUGAUGGCCCUCUCGCUGGCGCUGAAGGUCAACACCUCGCUGCUGAGGCUGGACCUGGACCGGGAGCCCAAGAGAGAGACCGUGAAGAGCUUCAUCGAAACCCAGAAGGCUUUGCUGGCGGAGAUCCAGAACGGCUGCAAGCGCAACUUCAUCCUGGCCAAAGAGAAGGAGGAGACGGAACAGAAGAUGCGCCAGUCGGCCUCCAUGCCCGAGAUCACGCCCGAAGAAGAGGAGGAGGCGGCCGUAGCCGCGGGAGAGGAGGAGGAGAAUGAAGGAGAGCGGAAAGGAGAGGAUGGGAGUGCUAAUGAAGGAGGCGGGAAAGAGGCUGAGGAAGGAGAGGAAAGUCCAGCAGGAGCUGUGACAAAUAGCACCCCUGUGGUCCAAGAGUCAGACUCGGACACAGAUGACGACGACGACGAUGAUGAUGAUGAUGGUGAAGAGAUUAUAAGACCAGCACAGGCGGAGGAACAAGCCCCAGAAGUGCCUCCUGCCCUAACCGGACCCCAGCUCUUGGCCACCGAGCCCGACAGCGGGACCAGCUCCCCUGCACCCAGCCCGCCAGCCCAGGGACCGGCAGGGGUCACUGUCACUGAAUCUCCCUCCCCCCGCCCCCCCUCUUCCCCUGCCAAUGAGAGGUGCAUUUCUGUGUCCAGCCCAGGACGUGGCCACAAAAUCUUUGUGGUGACCCGAGUGGAGAGCCCGCUGGAGCAACAGCAGCAGCAGCCCUCCCCGGCCCCCCCGCCCACGCCUGCCGCCAGCCCCCCCCCGCAGAACCCUGUGCCUGAGGCUGGCCAGCCCCCCGCUGCCCCCGACAGAGACAAAAGUGCCGCCGCGGCCACCCUGCCCAAUGGGCUGAAGCCAGAGUUCGCCCUCAUCCUGCCCGACUCCAGAGAAGUGCCAGCCCCCAAGGCAGCGAGCUACCCUGCACAGCGCGAGCUGAACUGCGAGCAGGACCUGGAGGAGCUGCUACGUGAGGCAAGCCUGGAGACUGCCAGAGGAGCGCCGUGAGACACUGUGCAGGGCUGCUUCAGUUCCCGGGAUGCAGGAUGCUCUGGUCUCCUCGGAACUCGCCCACUCGGCUUUUAGCUUCUUUUCCGUUCACCUCUGCCCACCCAUGAGAACUGAAAUGCUAAAGUUGCCUCCCUGUCACUUCGAGAAACAAAGGAACUAUUGCAGUAGAAAAUUAUGGAUGAAAAACACACGCAACAGGACCUUCAGCCGAUGUCUGACAACAGAGGCCGCAACAGUCGCACCGUAUCUUCUGUCACUACAUUCCAUCUUCCUUGCAAAGCCCGAGGGAAGAUCGCUGAGCUGGAUUCCCCGGCGUCUGGAGGCGCGCGCUGUUCUUACAGGCCGUGAACCAAAGAAACAGGACCCUCGCAAGGACACACGCUGCCUUGUUCCUGUCUGCUUCCUGACAGGGAAAAGAAAGACAGCAUCUUGUGCCACCCUCUACCCCACCUCCACUGCGACCUGAUGAGCUCGCUCACACUCUGGUGUCGCGCAGUGCUCCGCAUUCACGCCACAAACACACAUUCAGAGAGCCUGCUUGGCCUGGAUAUCUCUGCUGGGGACUGUGGAGCUGUUGUGUAUUUACUAGGAGCUGGUGAGGGAGGGUACGGGGAUGUAAUUUUGUCUGUCAUGCCAUCUGUUCUGUUUUUUCCCCAAAAGAAGUCUGGCAGAGCUGUCCCCCCCUUCCUGUGUCUUUUUCCCGGUAAUCAUCACUGUGCAGCCAAGGUGGGAGACAAACUUCCAGAUCCCUUCUUUCCACAGCAAUAUCUGGACGUGGCAGGGAUUUAAAAAAAACGGCAAGCCUUUUUUCCCUCCUACCCCAUGCGAUUUUCUUUGUCCCCCUUAGAAAGUUCUGACAGAGCAAAGCGAACCUGCGGGGCGUGGAAAGAGGAUGGCAGGUCUCCCGGUGGCUCCGCGCCACGGCGGGCCGCUACCCGUCUCCAGCCAUGUGCAUGUGGUAGAGCUCUCACAUGGAAAGACAGACAACUGCCUUCAAACUGACUUUGACCUUCUUUUUUUGCUGCUUUGAGAGAUCAGUUAUAUUCUUAUUUAUUUUAGAGCUUUAUGAGCCUUUUUUGUGUGUGAUAUUUCUUUUUUUUAAUCUUUUGGGUUCUUUUUAAUUUUCUUCUGAGGUGUAUAUUAUUUCUGAUGCAAAUAAGAGUUUAUUAAUCUUUUUUUUUUUUUGCUGGGUGGGGGGUUAUGGGCAGGUGCAGUUUUCAAGAGUGGGUCAGGGAGGUGUGUUGAGUUUUUGUUUUUGCUGUUUGUGAGAGCAGCCUGGGGCUUGCCCCCCUCAGCGCUGGAGAUUGUGUCCCCCACUGUGCAAACACUACAUGAGUUCAGGUCACAGCCGUGCGCCCUGGGCUGGCUGGGGGCUGGUAAAUGAGCACAGGCACCCCCUUGUCUUCCAGUGCCAUGGCUUCCUGGUAACCAGCUGGCUAUGGGCUCUGUGUGCCGCCCUCGCUGCCUGUCAGGUGCACUGAGCAGGCAGGCGGGGAGACUAGUUUAGGGUUCUUUUGUUUCGCAUAUUCCCUCAGCUUCCUCGGAGAUCCUGCCACGCUGCCCAUGGCAAAGCGUCACGCCAGAAAUGAGUCGCACGUCUCUGAAGUGUUAAUGGUGCCCAGGAGAGUCUGUCCGAGUUUUCUGCUGCAAGGCUCAGGGGCUGCUUUUUGGGAUUCAACACUGCUGUGUGGGCUGAGACCGGAGCUCGUGUCUGCUGGGGGCUCACAGCCCCUUUGCUUUCCUCUCUGUCCCUCUGACGAGGCUGUGAAAGGUUGGUCCCAUUUCUCCGAGAGGACAGAGACAGAAGCUUUUUACUGGAGCUGAUACUGUAACGCCUUGGGGUUCCUGUAUAAGUGUCAUGCUAGCAGGGUCGGUCUAGGUGCUUUCAUCAGUGUGUCAUUUUCGCCACCAAAAAUGUGCCCACCUAGAUGUGUUGUGGGGUUUGUAGUUUUUAUCUUCCUGCAGAUACAAGGUUUGAGUCACAUGGCAAGGCAGUGAAUGACGAGCCCCACACUGAGCUGUGUGAGUCCUGGCUGGCCAUGGCUGAGUCCCUCACAAGAGAAUAUCACCCCAUUCAUCACUUCUGUAAACUUUUAAUUAUUCUUACAGUGAUUCAUCGCAGAUGUUUAGAGAAUGCAUCUAAUUUUGCCUUCUCUUGCUGAGGUGGGAGAGGGGUAGUAUUCCUGUUAAUAUUCCAAUGAGCAGAAGGCGUUUAGAAUCUUAUCUAAAAGUAAUCGUAAAAAUCAAAAGAGUGAGUUUCAGUUAAAAAAUUAAGUUGGUUUGUUGGGGAAAGUCAGACUUGUGUGUUAAAUCUCAGGAUUUAACACCGUUUACACUGCAGUGUUUUUUCUUAACCCAAUGCUACAAUAAGUGGAUUAGUGCUUGCUUGUAGAUCUGAUCAAAACUAUGCAAUUGUGUUUUUAUUUUGGUAGAUGCCUUACCAUGGCAUCCAGAGAGAUCCAGAUGUGGGGUGCUUUAUGCAGUAAUGAGGCGUUGCUCUACCCCAGAGAACCACAGUGAUCGGUCAGAACUCCAGCUGACACAUAAGGCCCGUAGAGGUUCACUCUUUCUGCCAUCGGCACCAGGGGCGAGGGGCGUCUGUGGGCUCGGGGGCACCAUCACACAGCCCAGGACAGCGGCUGGACACUAUAGUAGCUCCACAAGUUUGUAGUGUUCAAAAAAUACUUCAUGCGUCGCUCGGAGAGGGAAAUAGAAACACAUAAGAACUGUUCAGCCACAGAUAGCUGACAAAACCUUGAUUGUUCCAGAAUUUUUGUUUUGUUCCAGACAAUUUUUGGUAGUGUUACUGCCAGGCAGUUUUUAUUUGGACAUGUCUUCAAGUGCAAUAAAGACAUCUUGUCUAUUCACCUGAACAAAAAGGAACUAAGAACUAGCGUAUGUAUGUAAGUGUGCAAUAACUGAAAGGGGAAUUUUCUGCUAUUUUUUCACAAGGACAACGGGCUAAACACACCACCUCUUGCAGAAUGUUGACUCUGGCAUUGAUGAAACUUGGCAUUCAGUCCUGUCUGGCCAGGCAGAAUGUGAGCAGACAUUCACUACUCACCACUUUGUGCAGAUAAAGGUGUUUAAAUAAACUUUGGACAUGUUGAUCCAGGAAUGGGGAGUAAAUGUCUUCAUUUUAAUCCAGUUGAUUAUGUGCAGGUUGUCGUGUGAGGAUUAGAGUAUUUCUUUGCACCUGUCCUGUCCAACAGGCAGUGACAAGGAAUUGGUUGGGAAUGUUUCUGUGGAGGGAACGUUGGGCCGGUCUUUGAAAUAGAAGGAGGAGUUGUGGGUAAUCCAGAAAGAACAGGGGGUCUUGCAUUCGGUCUCCAGGGUGGAGAUCUAAACGUUUGGCGGAAUUCUCGUUCGUUUUCCUCACUUUCUGUCUCGGCUAAAUAGGACGCUUGACGUUCUUGUCAGAAGAGGCGCCAGUGAGUAAGGACAAGAAAGGGUUUGGCCUGGGAUUGGAGGACAGUGUCUAGGAUUUCAGGAAGAGAGAGAUGGGAUUGGGUGUCAGUGACAAUCAGAUUUCUGAUUUCCUGUGAGCAGAUGUGUCUUUUAAAGUGAAGACUCUCCUCUGAGCCUCUUGCUAGUUUUUAGAUCAUUGAGUGGAUCUGCUGACAUGCUGCUAGACAUAGUCUGCAAGAAGGGAAAACCAAUGCAUAUUUGUUUUAGGGGGGGAAGAGAGUUUGAAGAUGAUUAGCUUUACCUGAUUAAUGCACCAACUUUUCCUCCUACUGGUGGUUGGAGAAGACUUAGAUUUUACAAUGGUGGCGAGGUGGAAAGCAGGAAUGCCUCAGUGAUGGUCCGGUUGUCCUCCUUUCUCAACCUUGAAAUGUCAUAACGGAGAAGGCGGUCCUGUCUUAACUACAGAUCAGACGUCUUUUAUUCAGAUAUUUUUACCUUUGCUUCAGAGGUCUGUGCUUUUGUUUCUGGUGAGCUAUAGCUGUUUUCUGUCAGUGAAGCCCCUUUGCCUGUGGAACCCAGUAUGUGCUGAGGGUUGUGACAUCGGGGCCGUCUGCAGUAGCACCAGCUACUGUCUCGCCAUCCCACUCGGGAAUCCAGGGCAGAACACUAACUCUCGAUGGGUGGUACCUGAGGGAAUGAGGCUUGUGUAGAUGUGCUAGGACAGCGAAAGAGAGAGUGCAAAUUUGGGUCGCUGGUUCGACUUCAGGAAAUGAAAAGCUGGUUUUCCCUGGGAAAUUAGAGCUGGAAAAUACAAGAUUUUUUUUAGUUUGACUUUUGGAAUGCCUGAUUGAAUUGUGCAAGCACACAAAACCUUAAAAAUCUUAAUCUGGUGUUUAAAUCAAGCCCCUUAAGUGCUGGAGUGAUAUGCAUUCUGUUAAGUUUAACACCUGUUCAGAUCUGUCAUUCCCUCUUAAAAAGUGAGAAGUGACAAAAUGUGAGAAUCGUAGCUUGGUUGCAUGUAAACCCCCUAAAGUAUUAAAUGCAGAGGUAGGGCCCCUUAAGUAGGGUUUUGACAGUGUUUUCAGUUCUGCAACUUCCUUUAAGAAAAUUUAAGGGGAAAACUAAGGAGAAAUUUAACUUCAGGUGCUUCAUGCAAAGGGCAGUGAGUACUGGGUUGUAGAAGUCAGAAGAAUCAUGCACAGCUGCAAGAUCUGCGUAAACCCAGACAGCAAUUGUAGGAAUACCGAGCAUUCAAGCAAAAUGAAUGCAAUUCAUUGAUGCAGAACAUCGCUAAUAUUAAAUUGUUGAGCUAAUUUUAGAAGUGUUAGUCAUUUAAAUGCUUUAAGGAAUCUUACAAAAUCAGUUAAGUAGGUUGCUUAGCUUUAUCUUCAAAAACAAAGUAUGUAUGGGGGAAUUAUUGAUUUAUUAUCAUUUGAGUACUUCAGGUCACCUGUUGAUUUUGGUUACAAACCGUUUUCCUGUGUUUUUUGUGUGGCCACCCAAUCAACCACGUUAAGGUGCUGGGAGAAUGCAGAGGGUGAGUCACUGCUGUGUAGGCUGGUAAUUAGGACUGUCUCUGCAGGAGGUAUCCUAGCCGCUCAGACCCAGAUGCCCAGUCAUUGGGAUACCGUUGGUCAGCGCCGAGAGGUACAGCCUUAGCCAACCAGCACAAGGAAGGAAAGGCUCGCAUUGCAAGGCCAGUGCCAGGUUUUCUGUCUGCAGGCUAUUCAGUGUAUUGGCAGUGACAGGCCUGGAUCUCACUGGUGCAAAAUGGGAGUUUUACUUCCAGCCUUGUAAGACACCAGGGGUAUGUAUCAACCUCACUGACAUUUUACCGCAGUCAAAUUAAUUUGACAUAAAAAGUUUUGUUUUUCAUUGUCACUGUAUAAUUUUUAUUUCAAGAAUGGCUUGUGAACAUUACACAGCAGUGUUUGUCACAUGCUGAUCUUGCCUUGUACAGAGAAGUCUUAUUUCUUGACAUGUCACCAUUCAAUGGACAUGGUUCAUGGGGUUUUUUUCUGGAGGGGGUUGAGAUGUACACACUACUUGUAACAGAAACUGAAUCCUAAUAUGGGCUGUAAAUGAGGAAGUGAGGAUGUUUUUGUGUACACAAAUGGAUUUGUCAGAAAAUGUAUUUUGGGGGGUCCUGUAGUCUUGUCUUUCGUUCUGCUGAAGGUCCAGUGUAUGGAUAUGUAAUCCACCUGCUUUCUCACGUCCGGUUGGGGGGCAGAUCGGCCGUCCCUGGUUGUCCCUGCUGUCAUGACUGUCCUGUGCUAGUGGCUGGCUUUUACCCUCAAGCAGCACAUUGCCCGUGUGUGUCCAGGCACUGCUCUCAUCCUCAGUCACCUGGGCCUGUCUGAGAACAAGUCUUGCCCCCACGUCAUAGAAAAUCCUUCAGCUCUGCUCUGUGUAGUUCCAGUCUCCUAGUAUUUUUGUUCAGCUUUCUAAUGCUUUUUCAAAAUUAACAUUCACUCAGUUAUAUGGACUGAAAGGUUCAGCCAUUUACUGUAUAUUGGGUGAUUUCACAUUUACAGAGUUGUAAAACAUUAAAUGAUGAUUGGCACUUUUAUUCUUGUAUUUUUUCGUCAGAGUUCCACCUGAUUUUUUCAUUAUUGAUCCCCAGCAGAAACUCAGCACUCUAAUUAAGGAGUCAUGUAAGUAAUUACGUUAAUUGACUGCUAGUUGUAUUGAAGUCUGGAAAUGGCAGAAACCAAGGUAGCCCGUAUUUGCUCGUUUCUUCAUGAGCAUGUUCUGUACUGGAUUUCACUGGCUUUUUCCAAGGACAUUUCUCUGCAGCCAUAGAGAAAGUGGUGACAGAGCCCAGGCAGUAGGUGUGGCACCCAGGACACCACAUGUGGCUUCAAGCAAAUGCUUAUGAUGCACCUUGAGCCCUCAGUACUGUUUGGGACCUUCCAUCACAGAUCAAGAAAGAGAUGUGUGAUAAAAGUACGUUGCCACAAAGGAAAAAGAGCCCAGGCUAAGAGAAGGCAGUGGGAUUACAGAUCUGUACAGCUGGCCUCCUAGUGCAAUAUGUUUAUCAGGGAGCUGUGAGGACUGUGAACAGAGGUCGUUGCCACCUUCAGCAAAGCUAAUCGCAGAUGUCUGUAUUACUGUACAACACUAUGAUCUCUCCUGCUUGUAAUUUGUGUGUUUGGGGAUUUUAUUCCUAUUUAUUUGGGCUUCUUCUUUUAAAGCAUUUUGUUUUUAUUUUAUUAUUGUGCUUUUCCAUCCCUAAGCUUUGUUUUGUCCCUGAUGCUAAAUUCUGUCUGGUAUCUGAAAGCAGUACAAUAAAGGUAUACACGUCUAUCAAUGAAAGAAAUUGCAAAAUUGCUCCCGUCAGCCCCAGCCCUACUCCUGUAGCUGCAAGUGUGUUAAUAUACAAACAUCUCGCUUCGGGCACACCACUGUGCCACUGUUUUCACAGUUGCCAAAUUUCCACCCUGCCUGUGUCCACUCUGAAGCAGGGUCAAAGGGACGUCACUGGGGGACGAUCAGGUAUCCUUGUGAUUUUUUUUUGAGAAAUCAUGAUCUGAAAUACUCCUGAUUUUCCGAGCAAAUGACAGAAUUUGAAUUGUUCAGAGUUCUAGCUUUAGAGCAGGUUUUGUAAUCUUGCAGUAGUUUUGAAGAGAAGUGUAAGAGUCUAACUGUGCAGUAGCUUCACGCCUUCGGGAGGAGUGCGAGACGGAGGGCUGGCGGGCGGUGGCAGCUCCGAGGGCAGCCGGUGGCUCGGGCGGCCAAUAGAGACCGUCAGGCUUUACGUCUUGUGGGGACUUCCCCACGCUGCAGGGCGGAGGCCAGUCUGCAUUGGCCUUAGCUGGAAACACGGCCUGGUUUGUUGACUUUGGCCAACAGGGGGAGACAAAAGCAUUGCUGAGCUCCUCACAACACCUGCCAAGCCUUACACUGAGUAAAUGAAUGACCUUCUUCCCCAUUAGCUGCUGUUGCCAUGAAGCAUGAGAAAAGCAUGCUUGAGCUGUUUCCUUCACAACCGAAGAAUGAGAAUAACCUGUGAAAGCCCAGGUGCUCUGGAAAACAACGGCACGUGGGGACAGGGGCAGAUUCCAUUAAAAUAUUUUGAUGAAACCGAAAUAUUUACAGAAAAACACGAGUGGUUGGAAGAUUAACUGCAUCUUCCCCUCCAGCUUAAGGUGAAUUGUGACUGUACACAGGCAUGGCCCUCAAGAGGCAGAAGAGGUGCGUUUCUGAACUGUUCCUGACGGGCUGACAAAACAGCAGCACCCGUGUUCCGGUCAGGUGGGGGUGCGAUGGGGUGCACGUGCCUGGCUGCAGGGCUGGAGCCCCUGCUGGGUCAGCCAGCUCCGCGAAUGUAAACAAAGACUCCGGUCCCACAGGUGGUCCAUUUCAGGUUUUACUGACAGCAGCUGUUUGAAUGGGACUGCUGCAACAGAAAAAGAACUAAACGUCUUUUAACGGAUGAAUGUGCAUGAGUAUAGGCACAGUAAGAGAACAAGGGCUGGUCCUCCAGUCCUCUGGUGCUGUGUAUUAUAUACACUCUAUCGCACAUGUGCAGCGUACGCACACUCUCGGGGGCCUGUAGCUCACUGAGCCCUUCGUGGGCGGGAGAGCCCAGGCCCACUGGCCCCAGUGUACCGAUGCAGCGAGCCAGCGGCCACGCCCAGCCGCCACCAGACGAGCACGCGGCCCCGCUGCUGCACAGCUGCCACCAUCGGCCCGCAACCUCCAACACGCCCCCCCUGCAGAGAACACAACCGAAACGUAGCUGAGGGCUGCUGCUGCUGUUGUUUUUGUUCAGAUCUGUUUUCAAAUGUUUUUUUUAAUUGAAUUUGCCUCUCCAAUCCUGCUCGGCUGGUUCUGGGGUAGCAGUGGGCUGCCUGACUGUACAGCCUGCUUUUCCAGUGAUGGUGUCCUACGCAUCUCAGCACUUGGAUAACAUAAACCAGAUCUGAGAAACAGGUUUAAUAUAUUGCAUUCAGUUUGUUAGAAGUGGCUUUUAACUGGCCAGUAUCUGCAUUGUUAUGAACAUAGAAAAUGAGAUUUGAAAUUUAAACAAAUAAAAGUGUUUUACUGCAUUUAUGGGUUUAUUGUAUAAUCCUGGUUGAAAUAAAGGGUUUCCUAAUUUC